UUAUACUCGAACGUACAAUGUUUACAAUUACAUGCGGAAAGCCGAACAGCGCAUUGCCCGGAGCUAGGAGUGGUGCUCGCAGUGGCUGACGGUUACCAUCCAAUUGACCCUCCUGCCCUUGAAUGGUGGUGUCUCUACUGCCUCUAGUUGGCUGAGGAAACAUGCCUGGAGCAAUGGACAAGCCCCGCCUGAGGACCUUCAGCAGCAGCAGCACUGGUGGUGGAGGAGGGCCGGCUGGAGGUGGAGGGGAAGUACAGUAUUCGCAGAUUGGUGGCUCGGACUCAGACGACUCCCGGUCCAGCAUCUCUCGGUCUGAGGACACUGACGGAGUGCCAGGCAUCACCUACACCUCUGAUGACUCAGCGGAAGUGGUGCCGUCUGACAGUGGUGUGGACAGUGGCAGUUGUGGCAUUGACUCAGACACUAUUGGGUACAUCGGAGGCAGUGUUCAAAUUCAAGAUGAUGAGGUGUCACAGAGGUUGUUGCUUGAUUCAGAGUGCCCCAGCCCACAGCCAUCACCCCAGCCUGCCCCCUGCUUCACCCUCACUCAUCCUCUUGCCACCAUGGCCUUCACCUCAGGGUCAGACUGUAACCUGGAGCUGGCCAGUGAUCCUCACCUGGGACUCCCUGAGGACAGUCAGCACCAUGGGUAUGCUGGUCUAACUCAUCUAGGACCUCACCCAGAAAGCUGUGGGUUUGAGCGCAGCAGCAGCGUGUCCUCUGCCUCAUCUGGCUCUUCUCCUGGCGUACAGCAGCCCCUCCUGCCAGAGUACCAGGCACUGGCCCCAGAGUUCCCCCUGCACCACCACCACCACCACCACCACCAUCACCACCACUUCACCGGUCUGGAAUACGAACCUCUGGAAGACCAGCAUGACUCCCUCACUGCCGACACCGCUGCUGCUGCUGCUGCUGGGAAGAAGAUGCACGAUCCACUAGACAUAUUAGUGGAUGUGAAGGACAUCCCAAGUACAAUUCAGCCGUUCCUGAACCGGUGUAUGGUCGGUGGAGGCGUUCACAUCUCAUCUCAGUACAAGGAUGCUUUCUACGUGAGCUGGAACUGGCCCCGCAUCCGCCAGACAUGUGUGCUGCUCAACAUGUCGGUGCUGCUGUCCCUGCUGUGCGUUGGACUGGGGCUCCUGGUGCAGAUGCCGCGAGGGGGGGAGUGUGACCCAGACCAUGCCUGGUGGCAGGGCUCUGUCAUGUAUGAAGUGUUUGUGCCAAGCUUCCACGACUCUGAUGGGGAUGGAGUGGGGGACUUGACGGGCCUCACUGCCAAGCUGGAUUACUUACAGGUAUGUCAGCAGGGACAGAGGCAAAUUGCUGUCAGGAUGGACUUCAUGUCUGCUUAUGUGCAGAGAUUUUUACUCAUCAUCUUGCAGUGGCUUCUCAUGAGGAAGAAGAUGGUUCUAACGCCUCAAAUGUACUUUUCUCUUCAGGAUGGUAAUGAUUGGUCUUCAAUCAUGACAUGGAACACAGAGGCCCAUGCAGGAUUCAGUUCUGUUGAGCCUUGGAAGCCUCUGAACACUGGCUGGGAAGCUGCUAAUGUUGAAAGCCAGAACUACACCAUUGCAGCAUUGUCCACAAUGAUUGCAGCUCGGCAGAAGAAGGUCCCCAUCUAUGUGAAUGGUAUCUUUGACUACGAGGGAGACUACCAUCCAACUAAAACAUCAAAUUACAGGGUGCGGCAUGCUGCGGAGGACCUGCUCAUCAUGGACCGCUUCUACCCCCGCCGGAACCAGUACGCUCUGGUGGCGAACCUUGGCAGCGAGGUGAUUAACAAAGACCUUUCGCACUUUUACUUUGGUGGCUCAGUCUUGGCCUCCUCUCAUGGACAGACGGGAUUUGUCACCUUCCGAAAUAUUCGGCUCCAGCCAGGCGAGGCUCUGGCUUGUACAUUAGACUUGUAAUUAGAGCCUAAAUUAGUGGUGUUUCAAAUUUUAUAACAAAUUUUGAAAUGCAUAACAAUCCUAGUUAUGAAAUUGUGGAUUAAUUAUAAUUUGGUAGUUUGGGAUGGAAAGCCAUUUGCUGCCUCUUUCAGUGUGUGUGUGUGUGUGUGUGUUUUAAGUGUGUUGUGUGACAGGAUAGUUUGGUGUGUGGCAGUUGAAGUGAUGUAUUGGGAAGGGAACUUGAGGUGGCAGAACAAACUAUCUUAACCAGAAAGGAAUGGAAAGGAGUUUGCUGUAUUUAUAUAUCAUCUGAUUUAUGAAAUUAAAGUUCAUAUAUUUUUUUGUUCCUAUGUACAGAAUCUGUUUUUUCUCCAUAGUUAUGAGAGUACAUUUAGGGGAGCAUAGUUUUCUGAAGCAUAUUAAAUGAAAGUAUGAUGUAAAUCAAUAUAAUGUGCAAAACGCUGCUGUGUAAAAUAUUUUGGCUACACUAAAGCUGCACACACUCCUGAUCAGUCAUUGAAAGUCAUAGCCAAGGCUAGCCAUGAUUCACCAGUAAUCCAUUCUAAGCACUACACGUCAUGCCUAGUCUUGGUUCAGAUUGCUCAAAACACUUCAAGCCCUGGAUGUAAUAUAUCAAUAUUUCUCAUCUUUGGAAAACACUUUAAUCAUAGUUAUGAAUCAUGAGAAACAAUAUUUUAAGGUUAUAUAUAUAGGCAUGAAUAAUAUAACUGUAGUCAUUUGAAAUUAAAAAAACAUGUGUGGUAACUGAAUGCUUAUAAUGAAGUGCCACUGGUCAUUAUUACAUCUUUGGAUUGUUAGUUUGCCUUCAGCUUACUCCAGAUUGUGGAUAGUAUUGACAGUGUCCCCAAGACGAGCCUGAGUCAGUCACUUCAUGUCUGGUUCAUGGUAGUCCAGCCACAAAGGCACUAAGGCUUCAGCACGCUGGCCCUUCUUGUAGUGGCCACAGACAUAGUACAGCAUCCUGAAAGAGAAAAGUUUUAAGCUUUUGAGUAAUUGUGUAGUGGUCACAUGUUGGGUCACAGACUGGGCUCACCAUUGCUUUAGGGAUUCAUUGUUCAGAUGAAGGAAUGUCUCUUUCCCUCACCACAACCUGCAGAGGGCUGACUUCAUAGGCCCUUUGUAUCUUAAGUAGGAAGAAGACUCGUAAGAAUAUGUGAAUUAGCUGGGAUGUGGAUUUGUAAACAUUGUAUCAAUGUUGAAAAGUUAUAUCAGUAAUAACAAAGAAUGCAUGUGAAAUAAGUAUUUGAAGUUAUGUUAAAGUGACACAAAAGCAUUGUAUUGCCAGACAAUCUUGAGAGCUCAGUGUUUUGUUAUUGGCUUCUUGCUGUGAUUCUUGUCUUCUCACAUUAUGUUGAGACAGAACAAAAUUAAAUCAUUAAGAAAGUAUUAUGAUGACAUCACUGAAGUCAGUGUGGUAGUGAAGUGGUUAUAAGUGUCACUGGCUGGUGGGCAUGUGGCUCAUCUACUUGAGUUAAUCUGUGGUAAGAGCAGGUGCCCUUAAGCCAGCUCAGUUGCUCAUCCUCUUUUACAAGUCUUGCCUGUAAGUGUCAUGCAUAGUAUUUAGGGGAAGUAAAUAUGUGGCCUGUACUGCAGAGUGACCCUUUGUACAAGGACAUCCUCUGUGGCUGAGAGGUCGAGGGAACGGAGAUAAGCAUUGGAGCAAAGCACUGCUGCUCAUCCUGUGUUUGGUUACUGUAUUGAUACAGUAUUCAUUUGAUUCUUGUUGACUUUUUUAGUGUGUUUCAUGUGACAGGAGUUGGUACUUUCUACUGGCUCACAGUUGUCAAGAAUAGUGGUGGGGUAUCAGAACCACAGCUUUCUUAAUGUUGCAUUUCUUUCCGUUUUGCAUCACAAUACAUGCAAGCAGCUCAGUGGCUGCUGCUGCCAGGGAUAGUAUUGGAAUGUGAUGAACUCGGGAUUUCACUGUCUUGCAUGAUUUUUUUUUUUUUUUAAUUAAUAAAUUAUGUUAAUAGUUCAUGUACCAUAUGAUUUGUUGUACAUGGCAUAAGUUUACAUAAAUUCAUUGGUUAUAAUUUUUUUUGCAUCCAGUGUAAACAGGAUAGCAUAAGGGAGUUUGCUUGUCUCUGUGCCUUAACAAACACAGACCUAAGUUUAGAGGUACUGUGAUCUCCAGUUUUGUGAUACCUGAGUGAAGGUUGUGUUGUGAAGAACAAAUGGCUACUUUUAUCCAUAACAGUAUUUAGCUUCUACUGAGAGUUUCAAGAUGUGUAUAGAGUCUCACUUAUGAGUCAUGCCUGCAUAAAUAUUAUAAUGACCAUUUUUUAAUUUAUUGCAAUCUAAUCCCUAUAUAGUUUACCACUUUCAUUUAUAAGAAUAUAAUUUUGAAAUUGUUUCCACUCCUUCCUGCAUAUUGUUCCUUGUCCAUAUUUGCUAAUAAUUGUUUUAUACAUCUUUUCCACAAAUACGUCUUUACACCAGACAGAUGGGUCCCCAUAAAGCAAGGUGGCCCCGGGAAAAUCUCAUUGAAUGAAGAAGAAUACAGCCGAGUUAAUCCUUAAUAAUUUUGUCGUUUCUCUCCGUUAUCUCUUAUGAUGCACAUGAAAUGGGGAGGUAGUAUUCUUGCCUGCCUCUACCCUGUACGUUUAGUUUAGGCCUUGGGUCAGUUAUCUUUGUAAACCUUUGGUAGUAGUCAGAGGUUCCUUAUCCUUUCCAUCUAUUUUAGUACAUGUAGCACAUAAUGGUUAUUUAGUUCAUUACAGCUAUUUAGCAACCAUGUCUUGUCUGCCAGUACUUGUGGAGAUGCUAAUGUGUGAAAUGAGACAAUGGACACUUGUGACAUGGGUGAGCCACUGCUACCCAUUUUUGGAUGUGACUGUGGGCCAAGUCUAGUCUGAUAUCUGUCCUACAUGGCAUUACGUAAGAGACAAUUUUACAAGUACAGCACUCUUCUCUACAAAACUGACAUCUCUUAUUUUACUCUGUGCUGCAUUUGAGUGUACUUUUAUUAUCCUGUGUUCAUUGUAUUCCCAGUUUUAACUAAGUUAUUUAUUUAUUUAUUUUUUUUUAAUCAUUUUCAGUUUUCACUAGACUGUUCUCUGUUGUUUUAUCUUUGAAUAAAUCUAACCAUAUGAAAGUAAAUGGUAAAGUUAU